AUGUAUCGGAAAAUUUUGUGGUGUUACGUAUUUUUAUUGACAUCAUUUGAUAUAUCUCCUUACUCGAAGUUGACAGCCCAGGGGAAGAGUCAUGGUGCUUCAGUGCAGGAUUCUAUCACAGAAGCGAUUGCAUUUCAAGAAUGGGGCGCAGACUCCAUGUCAGUGGACAGCAACGAGGCGGGCGAAGGCGUGGAAGGCGUGGCGCUCUGGCCUCCAGCUCUACACUUCGGGCGCUCCGCCCUAGCAGAACCACACACACAAUUGGUUACGUUAACGAAUAUGGCAAACACAACGUUGCAUCUCGCAUCUGUGGCGGGGACUACGCCAGACUUCCACGCUUCGUUCUUUGAUUCCAAGUCAAUACCACCUCAGGGCAAUACAAGCUUCAGCGUGGUGUACCUGGGGCGGCGGGAGGGUCUCGUCACAGCUCACCUUUACAUUCAUACAUCGCUUGGAGUACACAAAUAUCCUGUGUCAGCGAUAGGCGUGGCCAGUGAAUAUGACGUUUGGCCACUUGUUGGAUUGCGUGUGCCUCACAAUGCAUCUGUCGAACCGGAGCUCACCUUAUAUAAUCCCACCGACAAAACUAUACAGGUGAGCGAAGUGUACUCGUCAGGCGGAUGGCUAGGUCUUCGCCUCGCUAGUGGGGAGUCCCGAGCCCCUCGCGAUAUCUGGACCAUCCCUCCCAGGGAAAGGCGGGCCCUCGUCCGAUUAAGGAUUUCUCCCACUCACAAACAGCCCUUGGCUGCUUAUGUGCGGAUCAAGGCGAACAUUCCGGGCGGUGGUUUAGUAGUGUGCGUGGAAGCCCGUAGUGCACCACCCGGGGAACACACGAGACCGCUGCAUUUGAGGCUUCGCCCGCGGGGCUCCAACGACCCGGAGCAUUCGGUGUUCGUGGAAGCGGCGAACAGUGCAGCAUCUGGCGUGAGGCUAGACGCAGCUCUAGACGCGGCCAGCUGCUGGAGAACCGCCCCAGCACCUCCGCCGCCUUGUGCGCAUGCGCAUGUCGCUAAUGGUGGAGCAGACGUUCAUAGUGGAGCACAUUUGACGGUGCUCAAGUCACAUUUGGAGCCAUUUGAGGACUUCAGUCGAGUCGCAAAACUCACAUUUAACUAUGCAGAGCUUUGGGCGUUGUCCCGCCAGAAGGUUGAUGAGCAAAGCAACGGCGAGAGCAAAGAGGGCGUGGCCUGGUGCGGGGGCUGCGUGCGCCUGGGUAAAGCCUCCGUCCCCUACAGCCUCACGCUCUUGCCCGGGACGCUUGCCUUUCAACCGGAUACGCUCGAUAUAAUAACGUCUGAUGAGAAGUCAGCGUUCAAAGAGCGUGAAGUCUUCGCACACAAUCAGUUUGAGGCGCCGCUUCGUAUCACUGCGGUGCAUCUUCCUGACGAGGUGUUGCCAUUUUUCGAGGUUAAAGAAAACACGCCCUUGUUACUAAACCCGGGUGCCUUGGGCUCACUCCUCACGCUGCGUCUCCGUACCUUGCCAGAUACGAUUGACACGCGUAUAACAGUACACACGAAUCUCUCGCAGUACCAUAUACCGCUGCGGCUUUAUAAUGGGAGUUUUUCAUUUGAAUGGGAUUGGCCUAAUUCGGACGCGAAUUUGGACUUGGGCGUGGUCGGGACGUCGACGACAUGGCGUGUAGGCCUGCGGCUGCGCAACCGCGCCUGCGUUGAACUUUGCGUCACCGGCCUAAGUGCAACGUUGCCGGGGGCCUCUGCCACGCUCACUAAUGCUGUGCCGUACGCGGGUUCGGUGGCGCCACUUGUGGUAGACAGCACAAUGUCUGUUUGGAUGAAGGUCACGGGGGUGUCAUACGUCGACACACACACACAGGAGGCACUCAAAUUUGUCCCACUGGACAGUACAGAGGUGGGUCCAGGUCGACAUACAGUGGGGCACAUUCAUUAUGAACCUGAGAAACUGUGCGAACCCAAUUGCUAUACGGGACUGCCUUUGGACUCUUCGGCUGGUCUAUUGUGGCUGGAGCGAUCCAAGGGAAACAACUGGGCGGACACAAUCCGUGCAGAUAUACAUGCGUUGCAGACACGCCUGGAACAAUUUGGGAACAGUUUGACGCAAACAAAUUACUCUAUAUAUCUACAUACGACACAGGUGAUUCAAACACCUAUCGACGUAAUGAUAGAACACACGUGGCCACGCCUUAUUGUAAGCAGUGGUGUGGUCGACCCCAAUGCGACAAGUUCCCUCAAAAAUGGGGAAAGCGGGGCAAAUGGAGGAAGUGGGGCUAUGGAGUUGGGGGGCGUGGGACUGGUCCCUGUUGGGGGGCGUGGGCUUGUGUGGCUGCGCGUGCGCAAUCCUUCGAGUAAACCGAUUUUGGUACAGCCCGUCUUGGCCCCGACGGUGACUGAUGGAUUGCCCAAAGAGGCGGGCGGUGAAUCGGGCUGGUGUAAAUCCACCUCCUGCGUCUGGUCGGACUCAUUCUCAAUAGAGGAGUGGAGGGGGGUGAAGGGGGAGGCGAGGGCGUGGGAGGGGGACGUAGUGUGGCUCGAGCCGCGGGCGGAGGUGGACGUGCGUGUGAACUUUACGCCCAAGGAGGCUGCGAGUUUGACUACGUAUUUGUAUUUAAGAAAUAAUUUGACGAUAUUAGAAGGAGUACAAUUGAACGGCGUUGGAGCGGUACCAAGCUUCGAUUUGGGCGGAAGACGACCUGGACCAUCCUCAAUAUUUCAUUUUGAGGUGGAAGAAUGUGUGUCGAGCACACGUUCCGCGGUAGUCCGACGACGCAUAUUAGCUCGUAAUACUGGUAGAGUUUCCAUCCACCUACACGGGUGGGACAUUUCCCGCCAAGGGUGUCGCGGACGGGGCUUCCGCGUCUACCCCUGCGCCCCCUUAACCCUCGCCCCCAAUCAGACCGCCCCCAUACACCUCGCCUUCACGCCGGACUACACCCUCUCCCGCCAGUCCGCGAAGCUCCGGCUCCUUUCCGACUUAGGUCCCGUCGAGUACACCCUACUGGCCACCGUUCCCGUCAAACUCCUGACCCGUUGUGCCCCCACGUUCCCGAAACACCCAUGGGACGCCCCCAUCCGAAACUUCGUCAAUACUCUCACAUUUAUAAUACUCGCCGUUCUCCUAUUCACCGCCGUGUAUGACUCGGAGCGACUCCUGCGCAGAGCGAGAUCCACCCGAGCGCCAUCUAUCCGUCCUCCCUUAGAUCUACGAGAAAUCGCGGCGACCACUACGGUCACCCAACCGCCGCCCCCCAGAGCCCCUCCGUCGAGGCGAAAGCGCCCCACGAGGAGAACGGACCCACGCGCAGAAAGAAUUGCCUUCGAAAGAUGGCGCACGGAAGUUCUGAGACGCACGGACGACGAUUCCUCCCGAUCCAGUGAGGAUCUGGAGGAGAAAGAGGAGAAAGAGAAGAAAGAAGAGGUGGUUGAGAAAGAACCAGAGAAACCGGAGGAGAUAGAGGCGUCCAGCGCGUCUGACGAGUCCACUCAGGUCGACGAACAGGACAACGAUGAAGCUUAUACGGCAGAUGCGGAGUUGGAUGCGCGCGAUUCACCCGAAGAAACCAUAGUGGAGCCAAAAAUAAGCCCCAUUAGGACGCAAUCUCCCCCCAAGGUUCAAGUUACCCGACGCUCCCCUAACAAUCGGCGGGAGAGACGAAACGACGAGACUGUCAGGAAGAACACUCGACCGCAUGUGAGGAAAGAGAAACGCCGAGUGCAGAGGGCUGCGACCCCCCCGAGGUCCGUCACCGUGAAGGAGAACGUUGAACCGGGAGAGAUUGGGGAAAGCAGGGGCAAUGUCCGUUGGGGGGCUUCGUGGAGUUCGGUCGUCGCGGGGCCCCCGCUCGCCCCUAUUGGCUCGGACGUCCGUAGGCGGGAGAAUAAUACAGAUAACUCCCUGUUCUAUUAUAAUGGGGCACCGGAGCCGCCGAGGCCGGAGCCCGAGUUCGCCUGGAGACCAGCUAUUGGAACACCUGAGAGGUUGCCAUUUACGCCGUCCACUUCCACUAGAGAUUUCCUUGACGAGACCCCGACAUACAACAAUAUAGGGUCCGUAUGGGGGGCAAACAAUGCUUGGUGUUGGGGUGGCGCCCCCAUGCGUCCGCCCCCCGGCUUCGCCCAACAGGCCCCUCGACCUUAUGACCCGUUCCGCUCUUUGGCUUCCAUUUGGGCCCCUGCCCCCCACGAUUGGCACAUCAAUCCCCCCAACGAUGAUGAACAGAACAACUAA